GGGGCCAUUGUGGAGAAGCGGAUCCUGGCCAAGGUGCACAGCCGGUUCAUCGUCACGCUGGCCUACGCCUUCCAGACCAAGCUGGACCUGUGUCUGGUCAUGACCCUCAUGAACGGCGGAGACCUCAGGUACCACGUCUACAACGUGGAUGAGAAGAAUCCCGGUUUUCUGGAGCCCCGGGCCGUUUUCUACACGGCCCAGAUCAUCUGCGGCCUGGAGCAUCUGCACCAGAACCGUAUCAUCUACCGGGACCUCAAGCCGGAGAACGUGCUGCUGGAUGACGCGGGGCACGUCCGGCUGUCGGACCUGGGGCUGGCGGUGGAGCUGCCGGAGGGAAAGGAGAAGACCAAGGGGUACGCGGGGACCCCAGGGUUCAUGGCCCCCGAGCUGCUGAAGAACGAGGAAUAUGACUGGAGUGUGGAUUACUUCACCCUGGGGGUGACCCUCUAUGAGAUGAUCGAAGCCAAAGGCCCCUUUCGCUGCCGGGGGGAGAAAGUGGAGAACAAGGAGGUGACCCGGCGCAUCCUGCACGACCCGGUGAAAUACUCGGAGAAGUUCAGCGCCGCCUGCCGGGCCGCCUGCGAGGGGCUCAUGGCCAAGGAUCCCGCCGGCCGCCUGGGCUUCCGGGACAACCAGUGCGCCCAGCUCAAGGCCCAGCCCCUCUUCCAGAUGGUGAACUGGGGCCGGCUGGAGGCAGGCCUGGUGGAGCCGCCCUUCGUGCCCGACCCCAAGACGGUCUACGCCAAGGACAUCGGCGAGGUGGGCGCCUUCUCCACGGUGAAGGGCGUGGUGCUGGACGAGCAGGACAAGGCGUUCUACGAGGACUUCUCCUCUGGCAACAUCCCCAUCCCCUGGCAGGAGGAGAUGGUGGAGACCGGCGUCUUCGGGGAACUGAACGUGUGGGGGGCCAAGGGCACUGUCCCCAGGGACCUCGACCCCAACGCGCCCGCCAACAGCGUCAGCAGCAAAUCGGGGACAUGCCUCCUGCUGUGAAGGGGGGGGUGGGAACACGCCUCCCCCCACCUUGUGUCACCCCCCCAGAGACUUGGCUUGGCCCCCUGCUCCCAUCCCACUAGGGACUUGGUGACCCCUACAGCUCCCGUCUCACAGCUGCAUGAGAU